AUGGGAGAUAGCACGGUGGAUCAGAGCGGUCCUAUGCGGGUGUUGGUGACCGGGGGGACUGGUCUGGUGGGCAGGGCCAUAGAACAUGUGGUCAAAGAAGAGGGAGGGGCCAGGGAUGGAGAGGAGUGGAUCUUCCUCUCCUCUAAGGAUGCAAACCUCAUGUGAGAGCUACACACGCACACAGACAUACGCACUCACUCAUAGACAGACACAUGGUACACAUGCACGCACAUAUACACUACCAGUCAAAUGUUUGGACACACCUACUCAUUCAAGGGUUUUUCUUUAUUUUUUACAUUGUAGAAUAAUAGUGAAGACAUCAAAACUAUGAAAGAACACAUAUGGAAUCAUGUAGUAACCAAAAAAGUGUUAAACAAAUCAAAAUAUAUUUGAGAUUCUUCAAAUAGCCACCCUUUGCCUUGAUGACAGCUUUGCACACUCUUGGCAUUCUCUCAACCAGCUUCACCUGGAAUGCAUUUCCAACAGUCUUGAAGGAGUUCCCACAUAUUCUGAGCACUUGUUGGCUGCUUUUCCUUCACUCUUCGGUCCAACUCAUCCCAAACCAUCUCAAUUGGGUUGAGUUUGGGGGAUUGUGGAGGCCAGGUCAUCUGAUGCAGCACUCCAUCACUCUACUUCUUGGUAAAAUAGCCCUUACACAGCCUGGAGGUGUGUUGGGUCAUUGUCCUGUUGAAAAACAAAAAUGAUAGUCCCACUAAGACCAAACCAGAUGGGAUGGCGUAUCGCUGCAGAAUGCUGUGGUAACCAUGCUGGUUAAGUGUGCCUUGAAUUCUAAAUAAGUCACUGACAGUGUCACUAGCAAAGCACCCCCACACGAUAACACCACCUCCUCCAUGCUUUACGGUGGGAAACACACAUGCGGAGAUCAUCCGUUCACCCACACCGUGUCUCACAAAGACACAGCGGUUUGAACCAAAAAUCUCCAAUUUGGACAAAUUUCCACCAGUCUAAUGUCCAUUGCUCGUGUUUCUUGGCCCAAGCAGGUCUCUUCUUCUUAUUGUGUCCUUUAGUAGUGGUUUCUUUGCAGCAAUUCGACCAUGAAUGCCUGAUUCACACGGUCCCCUCUGAACAGUUGAUGUUGAUGUGUCUGCUACUUGAACUCUGUGAAGCAUUUAUUUGGGCUGCAAUCUGAGGUGCAGUUAAUUGCCGAUUUCUGAGGCUGGUAACUCUAAUGAACAUCCUCUGCAGCAGAGGUAACUCUGGAUCUUCCAUUCCUGUGGCAGUCCUCAUGAGAGCCAGUUUCAUCAUAGCCCUUGAUGGUUUUUGCGACUGCACUUGAAGAAACUUUCAAAGUUCUUGAAAUGUUCCGUAUUGACUGACCUUCAUGUCUUAAAGUAAUGAUGGACUGUCGUUUCUCUUUGCUUAUUUGAGCUCUUCUUGCCAUAAUAUGGACUUGGUCUUUUACCAAAUAGGGCUAUCUUCUGUAUGCCCCCCUACCAUGUCACAACACAAACAAUUGGCUCAAACGCAUUAAGAAGGAAAUAAAUUCCACAAAUUAACUUAACAAGGCACACCUGUUAAUUGAAAUGCAUUCCAGGGGACUACCUAAUGAAGCUGGUUGAGAGAAUGCUAAGAGUGUGCAAAGCUGUCAUCAACGCAAAGGUUGGCUAUUAGAAGAAUCUCAAAUAUACAAUAUAUUUUGAUUUGUUGAACACUUUUUUGGUUACUACAUGAUUCCAUAUGUGUUAUUUCAUAGUUUUCACUAUUAUUCUCCAAUGUAAAACUUUUUUACAAUAAAGAAAAACCUUUGAAUGAGUACAUGUGUCCAAACUUUUGACUGGUAGUGUAUAUAUAUACAUAUACACAUACACAGGCAAGGCACACACACCUGACCCUCUCCUGCCUCAGUGCUAACUCUGGAUGGCUUUGGAGCCCCUGAUGAGUUCCUGUGUCUUUGAAAAGUCAAGCUGACUUGUGUGUGGGUUUGUGUAUGCUCCCUCAGGGACAUUGGUGAGACGCAGGCAGUGUUUCAGAAGCACCAGCCCACCCACGUCAUCCACCUGGCAGCCAUGGUGGGAGGGCUCUUCAAGAACAUGAGGGCCAACCUAGACUUCUGGGUAAGAGGAAGGGAUUCAGGAGUUGUAAUGACAGAGGCUGCAUCUCCAGAAGUGUGCACUUGCUCAAUUUCUCACCUUAUUUAGAAAAUGGUGGAAACUGCCUCCAGCCAAUGUUUUUACCAAUCCUUUGUUUUUAAAUCCAUUAAGGGGAGUGUGCAAGUGCACACUUCUGGAAAAUGGUGGAGGAAGAGGUCUCAAUGUUUAUUUACUGAUUUUAGGGUACAUCCCAAUUGGCACCCUAUUCACUAUGGGCCCUGGUCAAAGGUAGUACACUACUAACUAUAGUUAAUAGGGUGCCAAUUGGGAACCUGGUUCAACCUUAUCCAUCCAUGUGUGUGAUUUUGUUGUUUAUUUACCAACGUAUCCAUUCAUCCAUCCAUGUGUGUUCUUCAGAGGAACAACAUCUACAUAAAUGACAACGUUCUGCAGGCAGCACACGAGGUGGAUGCUGUCAGGGUGGUCUCCUGUCUCUCCACCUGCAUCUUCCCUGACAAGACCACCUAUCCCAUCAACGAGACCAUGGUAACAGGGCAUGUGUGGUGUUUGUGUGUGUGUAUGUGUGUUGUAGACAGUCAACUACAAUCAUAUCUCUUUCUUAACUUGCAGAUCCACAACGGCCCUCCUCACGAGUCUAACUUUGGCUACUCCUAUGCUAAGAGAAUGAUCGAUGUCCACAAUCGGUGUGUUGGUGUUUUAUUUAACCUUCAUUUAACCAGGAAGUCUUAUUUUACAAGGGAGAUAUGUGGGUAUAUGUGCGUGCACAGCUUACCUAUUUUGCUAUAGAUGUCCUCUGCACGCCCACUGACCUCAGCGAGGUCAUCCAGAAUGGCCUUGUGAGCCUCCUGCACCUCUGACCCUUGACCCUUUAGCUGCUCAGUGACCUUCUCUAGAAGUGAGGCAGAAGACAUGAAGUGAACAUGAUCUGUGUAUGUUCAAUAAUUAUGUAUUGUGUGUGUGUGUGUGUGUGUUUAUUCAAUGUUUGUGGAUUGAGGUGUGUGUUUGUCUUGCAGGGCUUAUUACCAGCAGCGUGGGCGGUGCUACACAGCAGUGAUACCAACCAAUGUGUUCGGCCCUCAUGAUAAUUUCAACAUUGAGGAUGGCCAUGUACUACCAGGCCUCAUACACAAAGCAUAUAUCGCUCAGAGUAAGAUAACUACACAACACUCUAGUUCUUUAUUUUUCAGCUAACUGUUUUAAUCUAUACAGUAUACCCCCCUACAAGGAUCGGUAUAGACAUUCCUUCUAACAGGCCUUUACGUGUGUGUGUGUUAGAGGAGGGCAGUCCGUUGGUGGUGUGGGGCUCAGGAACUCCCAGAAGGCAGUUCAUCUACUCGUUGGACCUGGCUCGUCUCUUCCUCUGGGUGCUGAGAGAGUACCCCGAAGUGGACCCUAUCAUACUGUCUGGUGAGCACACACACUCUCAUACACACUCACUUUCUCUCUCUCAUACUCACACUUUAAACAAAUAUUUUCAGGAUUCAGUGUUCAUUCUCCCUCUCUCUGUAUUUUAGUUGGUGAGGAGGAGGAGGUGUCCAUCAAGGAGGCAGCAGAGGCUGUCGUCGAGGCGCUGGGGUUCAAAGGUCAAGUGACUGUAUCCUUUCAACUAGGUGCAUGGCCAGAUAUACAGCUCAAACACACACACAAACACAGUCCCUCUCGCUCUCUCUCUUUCAUACUCACUUGCUCUCUCACACACACACUUUCAGUAGUAGUGGCAGUGUUUGAUUCCCUAACCCCUGUCCUUCAGUAUGACACAACUAAAGCAGAUGGUCAGUUCAAGAAGACAGCCAGCAACGCCAAGCUGCUGCGGUACCGCCCCAACUUCACCUUUACCCCCUUCAAACAAGGUACCUACCUCCAACGCCAGCAAUUUGAAAAACCCCAAAAGUAGAUUUAACCAAAAACUGUGCUAAAACAUUGACGUCAUAUCUGUAUUCUGCCAUCUUUCUGCAUGUUCACCAUUGCUGUUUGGUUUCUGAUGCUGUCUCCUUGUUCCCCCCCCCCCCAAAUUCACACGCACAGCCUUGAAGGAGACAUGUGAUUGGUUCGUGGCUAAUUACAACACCGCCCGCAAGUGAAGAUUCCUCCAAUCUGAUUGUCUGGUAGGCAACCAGUCCUAGGAAGGAAGGAGCAGGAAGAGGGGACCCCUCUCGUUGGCAGAGAAAUUAGACGUUUUAAAGUUAAUUUCCUGCAAUUUUACACAUUAUGAUACCAGGAGUUGAAUCCCGACUGUAUUGACCCCAUUCUGGGUCUAGAUCUGGCCUGCGGUCCACCUAUUGAGGAUGGCUGCCCUAUAUAGUACACUACUUUUGA